AAAAAAGGGAAAAAAAAAAAAAAAGAAGAAGCGUUAAACUGUCGAUUCACUAGCAAUUAACAGAGAAAGAAAAGAAGCUACUGAAGCUGUGUGUGUAAAAUCAAGAAAUGCAGACUCCAGAGGACAUUCGAAAUCUUCCUAUCGAUAUCACCUUUUCUCGUCUCGGAGAAUGGCUGGUUGAUCGGAAGAGAAUUCCUGCCGAUUGGAGAAAACGGAUUUCCGCUGUCAGAGCUCGAAUUUCCAAGGAGUUCUAUUCUCUGCCUAAGGAUAUCGAUACCUAUUUCCAAACCCUGGACCCUGAAGGGAUAGGGUACUUAGAGGCCAAGAAAAUUUAUGAUAUUCUUGUGAAAACAACUCCAGAAAGCCGGAAUAUAUUUGGCCGGCUAUCAGGUGCUGCUGGUGCUUGGGAGGCAAUUGAGCAUUCUUUUGAGAAAGACUAUAUCUACCUAGGUGAGGCUGCCCAAAUAAUAAUUCAAAAUGUAAAUUAUGAAAUACCAUAUCAGAAAAAGCAGGUACAGAAGAUCCAGCAACAACUUGCAGAACUAGAUCGCAAGGAGGCUGACAUAAAAAGAAGUGCAUCUCUUUCAGCAGCUAAGUAUGUUGAGGCUUGUCAAGAGCUUGGAUUGCAGGGAAACAAUGUCAGGUCUGAACUCUUGGAGACUGCAAAAUUGCUUCCAAGCACUUUUAGCAGGAUUCUAGAAGUUAUAAAUAGUGAUUCUAUGCUGCGGGCAAUAGAGUAUUAUUCCACUUUUGUCAAAGAUGUUCACACUGAAAAUGAAAAAUCUUCAUGGACGGUGUUGUCGAACUUGAAAAAUAUUCAUGAAAAUCCCCCUUCUCUAAAUGUUUCUGCUGGCCUGGAUAUCCUUGAUGCUGAAAAUGUUGAAUUAAGUUAUGAUGAAUCAAGCCAUGUGAGACAGGAUGGGGAUUUUACUGCAGAUAAUAUUGACUGGGAUAUUUCUGUUGAUAGCACUCAGAUUGAUUGGGAUAUUGGUGCUGUGGAAGAAACAGAUGAUGGUGGUAAUGGUUUGGGUCCUUAUGAAAUUGUGAAUGCUAGUGAGAUCAUACAGAAUUCAUCACAAAAUGAAGCUAUAGAAUCUGAUCAAGCCCCAUUAAAUAAAGGGGAAGACAGCUUGCAUCCAGAGAUUUCUGUGUCAGAUAUAUCUUGGGAUAUUAGCGUUGAAACACCUCAGGUGGAUGUGAUUGAUGAUGUCAAUUUGCCCAAUGUCAGUGUGGAAAAUCAGACACAUAUUCCAGAUUCUUUAACUCAAAAGCCAGGAGUGAAGGAAGACAGGAGCCAACUCUUGGAGACUGAGUACAGGAAUAAACUCCUUGAUGAUUUGUAUGAGAUCAAAGCAUUUUUGAGCCAACGAUUGGCUGAGUUGAGAAGUGGAGAAACUUUGUCCUUGCAACAUCAAGUCCAGUCAGUUGCUCCCUUUGUGCUGCAGCAGUACACUCCUGAUGCCAUCGAGACAAUGUUGUCUGAUGUUUCCUUGGCAAUUUCCUUGCUGACAAAUCGUAAAACAUUAGACUUGAUCAUGAUUCUCAACUCCAAAAGAUUUCUGGACAGACUAGUGAGUACAUUGGAGGAAAAGAAGCAUCACGAGCUGAAGUUAAAAGAGGGAUUGAAGGACUUGGCUGCUAAACGGAUGGAACUUCACAAUUCUUUAUCUUCAUCAUGGCCAAAGCAGGAAGCAGCUCUUGCAAAAACCAGGGAGCUGAAGAGGCUUUGUGAGAGCACACUUUCAUCCAUGUUUGAUGGAAGGCCUGUUCAUAUAAUUGGCGAGAUCAAUACCUUAUUGAACAGUGGAAUUAGUGCUUGAACUCCUGAAAGGCUUUUUCUUGAGGCAAGAAUGUUAUUGUUAGGAUGAUAUAGAAGGUCGACGAUAGCUACUUUCACCAUUUAGUUCACACUCUUGCUGUAAGCUGAGGCUCCACAAGCAUAGAAAUUCAAUGUGGGUUUUGUUUUGACCCACUCAAUAAAAAUUACUGAACCUGAAAAGAUUUUUGUGAUCCUGCCUUGAGGGCAUUACUUCAAUCUAGACAUGUAUGCCUGCA